AAUUUAAAUCAUUACAAGCUAUCUACCCGUCUGCCGGAACCUGCUGCACAAAACAAACACACAUCCUCCAGGAAAUUGUAACACGUGCGCCAUUAUUUAUAAGUCACACUCCGUUACUGAUAUUUAACAGCAUAUCCGUUACUGAUAAUAUCAGUGUUUGGCCACGCGACACAUUUAUCCCGCGGAAGGAGAGCAUAAAAUAACCCCCUUUAACCCUUUCUUCAAAACAUCACAAAAAUAGGUUUGCAAUGGCGGCGCUUCUGAACACAUCUAUGCUGGCGAAUGUAUUUCACUCAUUUCCACAUGUAGAUUUUAAUUUCUACAAUGCAACACUUUUAUUUACCCCAGAUGACUUAAGAUAUCAACAGGCACUGUUUUUCAAUGGUAUUUACGUCAUAUUCGCAGCAACUGUGUUGUUUUUAUUGUUUUCAAUCUAUUUUUUGGUGUGUUCAUGUUAUUUCUGUGCAAAUUGUCGAUCACAAGCUUUGAAGCCAAGACCCACAAGAAGUAGAUGCUUGAGACUGUUGAUUGGAGCUUUAGCAGUUUUGUCAUGCUUUCCACUGGGUAUUUUAUUCUAUGGCAAUAACAAAGCACAGGAUGGUGUCGAAAAAUUUGCAUCUGGAGCUAAAAAAAUAUACAAUAUCUUUGACUUGUAUAAGUUUAAGAACAAAGUACUUGCAAGGUAUGUUACACUUGGUUUACAAAACGGUGUUGAAAAACUGGAGAGCACGCUACCAUUUAAUAUCUCUUUGCCAGAAGUUAGGCUACUACUUUAUAAUCUGUCGUCAGUGCAGGAGAUAUUGCAGCAAAAAGGAAAUCUGCUAAAAGAUGUAAAUGUGGAUUUAAAGUCCGUUUCAGAAGACUGUUUAACAUAUGAUAGUUUAAGAUGGUGGAUCACAUUAUGCAUUCUAUUGUGGCAGUUGAUCCUGAUACUAAUAACAAUUUACUCUGCAUUUUCAAGAAGACGAUGCCCAUUUAUUGUGUUAACAAUAAUGGCUGUUAUAAGUUUAUUUCUUAUGAUGGCUUCUGUGAGUGUUGAAGUCCCUCUCAGCAUUGGAGCAGGUGAUUUAUGCACUUAUCCAAAACAAUCUUUAUUGCAAUAUAUAACAAAGCCAGCAGCCAAUGAUUUGGUAAGAUACUACUUAGAAUGCUCAAAUUCAACAAAUCCCUUACAACAGUCUUACAAAGUUAUUAGCGAAGAACUUUUAACAGCACAAGCACUAUUGGAUAUCGUUAAAUUGGACCCUCUGAUUCACAGUUUGCCUUCUUCACAGAUAUAUAUCGACAUAAUUCAACAAUCAUUAACAAACAGUGAAAAUGUUCUCGAUCAGUUGAUGGAGAUAUUGGGUUGUGCGGAAUUACAUAAAGAAUUCGAAUCAAGUCUAGCUGCUGUUUGUAACACUUUGUUAGAUGGUUUGGGUUUACUGAUGUUAUGUAGUAUUCUCACAAGCUUGCUGAUUAUCAUCACGCUGUUAUGUAUCACGCCUAUAUGGAAAGCCUUGGCUCCUCUCAGACCGAUAUUAAAACGCGAUAAAGUGGGCGUCCAUUUAGUUACUGAUAGUUAUCAAGGUCCACCUGGAGGCUCUGAAAGUUUUCAUGGUUCAUCGUCUUUUGAUGUUUCAUACAAGUCAAUCGAUGAUAAUGAAUUUGAGCAUUUACCAUUGCUCGCAAAACGUGACAGAGGACCUCCAUCGUACCGUGCCAUCCAUGGGUCGACCGAAUUUUUAUCGGUGGAGGAAGAAGACAGAAGAGGAAGACGUGGUAUAAAUAUGUGAUUCAGGUUAUGACGUUAUCCCGAUAAAAUUUCGCGCGAACCUAUUUUUGCAUAAAUUUAUCUUCGCCACUUGAUUCAUCUAUGCGGGCGAAGAAAAGUAAAAUUGUUGAGAUUUCUUUUUGCAGGCUUCUGUUUUUUACGCCAAAUUUUUCAAAAAAUAAUAUUUGCGCGAAAUAUAUUUAAUUUAAAAAAAAUAGAAGUAUAUAUUAAAAAAAUAAAUAAUUUAUUACAAUAUUGUAUAGAAGAUUUCUUAAUUUUUUUACGUAACUUUUGUAUGUGAUAUAUCAACCAGGAUGUUGCAACAGCAAAA